AUGUCUAACCGGGAAAAUGGCAUGGAAACUAGAGAAAAGUGGACAGUUCCUAGAAUUCAUCUAAGAUCAUCUAAAAGGGGUCCUGGUAAGAACACCGCACAGAAGAUCUGGUAUAUGGAAGUGCCUCAUGGGACCCUUAAAGUUGCCCACAUGUCUGAUCCCCUGAUACUAUCUGCAGCCAUUGGGCAAUGAAUUCAGAGGCAGGUACUCUUCACCCCUUUCCGAGGGGCUCCAUACACCAGUCUCUAACAGGGUCCAUCCAUUCUUCAUCUUCUGGCUCAAUUAAUUCAGGGGACAUUGGACGUGUCCUAUCCUCAAACGUCCGUCGACUGCAUGGAGCCCUGAACCGACUGCUAAGUGAGCCUGAGAGGGAACAGCUUUUGCACUGUUUGAGACUUUACCACUCUCGAAGAAAUGUCUUUGACCUGGUGAGAACAUUGCGCCUUAUACUGCGUCUCCAAGACCAGAGGCAACUUUUCCCUAUGCUGCGUCUUGUUAUCCCACGGUCUGACCAGUUACUUUUUGACCAGUAUACAUCAGAGGGGUUGUAUAUAAAGGAUUUGUCCCCAGGUUCUCCUGGAUUCAGCGGAAUUUUAUGUGAUGGGAUUUCGGCAUUCAGCACCCCAAUUUCAGGGUCAGCUCCUGCCUUUGCCUCACCUUUACCAGGCAAAAAUCCUGCCUUUAGUAUCCCGGUAACCGGGACUGCUCCUGCUUUUAACAAUUCAAGACAAGGGAUGGUUCCUGCUUUUAGCCCUUCAGCACCUGGGACAGCUCCUGCCUUUAGUAGUCCAUCACUUGGUCCUAGUUUAGUAGCUGGAACCUCAUAUCCUGGAGCACCAUCAGGUUUAAGCCACCAAGGCUCCUCAGCUGCCGGAACCAUACCUGAUGUUCGACAGGUUGUACUUAAACGAAGCAAAAACCAAGAAGGACUUGGCUUCAGCAUCCGUGGUGGUGUGGAACAUGGUAUUGGUAUUUAUGUGUCACUGAUUGAACCUGGUUCUUUGGCAGAAACAGAAGGACUGAGAGUUGGAGACCAGAUCAUUAAAGCAAAUGGUCGAUCGCUGGACAGAGUCACCCACAGUGAGGCAGUUAAGGCUCUGCGGGGUUCUCAGAAGCUGGUCCUCUCUGUGCAGACUUCAGGCCGGGUCCCUGGCGGCCAUGUCUCUAGUCAUAUUUAUACUUGGGUUGAUCCACAAGGUCGCAGUGUCUCACCUCCUGCAGGGUUACCCCACCUUCACAACUCAUCUGUGGGGGUCCCGGAAAAGGAAAAGAGAAGUCAUCUACAGCUACUGCAGGAAGGGGAUGAAAAGAAGGUGAACCUGGUGCUCGGAGAGGGGAGCUCUCUUGGGUUGCUUAUCCGUGGAGGUUCUGAGUAUUCACUGGGGAUCUAUAUCACAGGAGUGGAUCAUGGUUCCGAAGCUGAGAGUUCUGGACUUAAGAUGGGUGAUCAGAUCCUGGAAGUAAAUGGCAUCAGCUUCCUCUGCAUCCCUCAUGAUGAGGCUGUCAGAAUUCUUCGCUCUUCGCGACAUCUGAUGAUGACUGUCCGGGAUGUAGGUCGGAUCCCACAUUCUCGCACUGUGGUGGAUGAGACUCAGUGGCUCAGUAGCUCCUACACAGGAAAUGGAGACCCCCUUACAACUACAGGGAUCCUAAGGAACUCCUCACCAGAACCUACCACAAAGCCCGUUUUUUACAGAGGACCUGCGGGAUCACAAGUCACCCUAAGCAGUCUGGGAAAUCAGACCUUGGUUCUUCUAGAUGAGAAGGCACGUCUGCUGCUGACUGAGCCUGAGAGGAGCACUAUGUCCUACUACCUCCAGCAGUACAAGGAACGUUACAUCCCAGUGCAGGCCCUUAUCAUUGCUAUGUUUGAACUUUUCAACACCCAGGCCAAGUUUGCCCUUUUAUCGGAGCUACGGCCUCAGAUCUACCCACAAGACCUGGCGGUGUUUGAUAACAUGGUGCUGAAAAGAGAGAUUGAGACGAUGAAAUCUCGACAUCGUUCCGGAGACACCAUCUCUGUCUUAUCCCACAGUCCGAGCACCUCAUCUACGGAGAGCCACCAAACUGUCAGUACCGCCAGCACUGCACGGGAACGUCUUCUUUGGCUGUUGGAUGUCAUGGAGAAUGGAGCCGACCCUGAGGGAAGUGCGGACUCUGGAAGUCUGACUCGGACAACCCUGCCCGACAUCUCCCUGGAUGACGUCAAUUCCUUCUUAGACGAGCCCCCUGCAUAUAGACCACCUCCCCCUAUCCCAACAGAGGAACCUCCUGCAGUUCUUCGAAGGCAGAGUGGAGAACGAGCACAGCGUCCUUCCUCUGGGUCAUCUCAGUCCGGGCUCUUCUUCACUGCCCCGACUCACCCUAGUCCUCCUCCUCCAUCAUUUACAUCACCUCCAACCCCAAGCCCACCCUUACCCCCUCUAACAGCACCCCCAACGUCUCCUCAUUCACAGAGCCCAAACCAAGUGAUAUAUGCUACGGUUUCACCCAAAAAACAGUCUCCCGUAAGCCCUGCGGCCCAGCUGGCUCUGGUCACGCAACUACCUCUGACCCCCUUCCCAAGGGUUCAGUCACCAACUAGAUUAAAGCCUGUGGUUGAGAACCCCCCUCCGCCAUCUUCCCCUUCGCACACAGACGCACUGGACCCUCACACAGGUCAACAUUUUGUAAUGGUGGAGGUCCAUCGACCCAACUGUGAACCUGAUGUGAAUGAAAUCCGAGCCGUUCCGCAAACUCGAGCCGUCCUGCCGACAUCGCCCCCAGCCUCCCUUUCCCAGCUGUCAGACAGCGGGCAAACACUCAGCGAGGACAGUGGCGUGGACGCAGGAGAAGUUGGCGGGGGCAGCAAAAACAGCAGCCCUCAGCCUCAAAAAUCCAAAGGGGCAGAGAACAACGCAAAACCACCAGGCCUGCUGGAGCCUUCUGCCUCCUUAGUGCGUGUAAUGAAGACUGCCCCAACCUUAGGAAUAGCUAUCGAAGGAGGCGCCAAGACACGACAACCUCUGCCACGUAUUGUUACCAUCCAGAGAGGAGGCUCUGCUCAUAACUGCAGCAAGCUCCGAGUCGGCCAGGUCAUCCUAGAGGUGAAUGGAGUCUCCCUGCAAGAUAAAGAACAUCGUGAGGCUGCCAGGCUCAUCGCUGAAGCUUUCAAGACCAAAGAAAAGGAUUAUAUGGACUUUCUGGUCACAGAGUUCAAUGUGUCAUUGUAGCGGCCGUUUAUGGCAUCCGAGUCCGAGAGCGUAAACCCUGCCAGGGGUCAGUGCCACGAGAAACACGUACUACAUGCUAAUGUGUCUACUGUGUAGCUGCCAUUUUGUGUGCCCUUGCUACAUACGUGGUUCCGCUGUCCAACAUGUGGCUUAUGUACUCCCUUUGUAUUAUAACCGUGGGGCAGAUAGCAGGGAAGGAAAGCAAGUGUCUGUGAGAUGAUAGAUGGAGACCGAUCGUUGGAAUUGAUAGACACAUCGCGACGGAACUACUCACUUAUCAAGGUGCCACGCUAGGAGUAAAUGUACAGUAGCGCCAUAUAUCAUCUUUACAGACAAGCUGUCGCGGCGAGAGAGCUCCCUGUGAUAAUUAACAAGUGGCAGGUCGCUGGCUUAUUACCAUCACAGUGACACGCUGCAGAUGUGACGGCUUGUUCCAUCUGUAAAGCUGACGCUUGGCUACAUCUAUAUAGGGAAACACACACAAAAAAUAAUAAAAGCUUACAGCUAGACUGAUAGAUGCAGAAGGACAGCUUAUGGCGGCCUCUAAACCGGAACUGCUCUGUGCCUGCUACUUAUUAGCCUUUAAUGGAGGAGAGUGACUCCCAUCCUGCUACAGUGUGUGAGUGACGUGCAGCCCA